AUGUUGUCCCCAGAUAUCAGCCAGAUUAACGUGGUAGCUAUUCUUGGAACUUCAAUCUUUGUUUACUGCAUUUUGGGCGUUCUCUAUCGACUUUACUUUCACCCGUUAUCCAAAUUCCCGGGUCCUAAAUUGGCUGCAGCCACCCUCUUGACGGAAUUUUAUUAUGACUGUAUCCAAUCAGGUCAACACUUCAUCAAGAUUGCGCAAUGGCACGAGCGAUAUGGUCCAAUCAUCCGGAUCGGACCAAAUGAGAUUCAUAUUAAUGACCCCGAAUACUACGAUACUGUGUUCUCCUAUGGCGGUGUGAGGAACAAAGAUCCAUUCUAUACAGCACAGUUCAAUACGCCAGAUACUGGAUUUGGCGCUGAAGAUCACCAUCUUCAUCGAAUGAGAAGGGCAGCACUGAACCCAUUCUUUUCCAAAGCUUCUAUCAAUCGCCUAUCUCCUAUGUUAACUUCUAUGGUCGAGAAACUGUCCUCACGCCUUGAAGAGUUUCGAAACACGAAUCAACCACUUAGCAUCCGCCUUCCCUUUCAGUGUUACACUGCUGACAUUGUAACACUUUACGCAACGAAUCGCUCUUGGAAUCAUCUCGAUGUGCCGGAUUUCAAUCCUGCCUGGGCAGAAACAUUUGUCGCCAUAGCAAUCCUAACCAAAUGGGCCAAAUUCUUCCCUAGAAUUUACACAUUGAUGGAAUGCAUUCCCAGCUGGAUUCUGAGCAGAUGUGCUCCAGGCGUCAUGCUUACCGUCAAUCACCAUGAUAGAAUCCGUAACCAAAUCAAAGAAAUCCUCUCCGGUUCUCUGCUUCCGGUCGAUGCCCCCGUCGAUGGCUUCCCGCGCACCAUAUUUCAUAAUUUCCUCAACUCUUCUUUGCCGGAGAGCGAGAAGAAAUUCAAAAAUAUGAGUCAGGAAGCCAUUAAUGUGAUUGGAGCGGGCACAGAUACGACGGCUAAUACGCUGAUGAUUUUGGUGUAUUAUCUGGGGAGUGAUCGUGUGAGGUUUGAGAAGUUGAGAGGAGAGUUGAGGAGUGUUGGGUUGGGGAAGGGGGAAAAGGGGGUAUUGGCGAGUGUUGAGUUGGGGAUGGUGGAGAAAUUGCUUUAUUUGAAUGCUUGUAUUCUUGAAGGAUUGCGUCUGGCAAAAGCAGAAAUCCACUUGGCCCUCGCAGUCAUCGUCUCCCGUUUCAAUAUUCAACUCUACGAUACAGAGUUUGAUAGAGAUGUUAAGCUCAAGAGGGAUUUCUUUUUGCCGCAGCCUGGAAUUGAUAGCAAAGGUGUGAGGGUUUUGUUGAGUUAA